AUGUCCCAAGAGGAGCUUUACUCGAAUAAGCUAUUAAUCACAUUCUUCAAAGAGUUGGGUUACAUCGGAGGCGUUGUCCCUCGUAAUAAAGCCUUAAAGAAACGCUUGAAGUGGUUCAUUGAAAUUCGCUUGUUGAUGGAUGCCAAUGCCAAGGAGGAAAGGAAGUGUAAGAAAAUUAUUCACCAAAUGAAGAGGGGGAUUCAAAUUGUGUCGGCGGUUGAUAGUCCUUCAAACACUUUGAUGCUGAUUAACACUUUCUCUAGUCGGGAUGGGAAGGAGGUUAAUAUGAUAUUCUCAACCAAAUUUUCCGCGAUCUCGAGGAGGAAAUGCCUUAGGGGUUUCCCCGAUGUUGAGAUUCUUGGUAAUGCUCGAGGGGUGUCGCGUGCUCUAGGCAAUCCGGCUUCUGUAUUCUUGGCUCAAUCAUGA